GAGAACAAGCGUAACUUCGUUGAGACCAUCGAACUUCAAAUUGGUUUGAAGAACUACGACCCACAAAGAGACAAGCGUUUCUCAGGUACUAUCAAGCUCCCACAUGUCCCAAGACCAAGAAUGAAGGUUAUGCUUCUUGGUGACGCUGCUGAUAUCGACCGUGCUAAGCUCAUUGGCCUCGAGUUCAUGUCAACUGAGGAUUUGAAGAAGCUUAACAAGAACAAGAAGCUCGUCAAGAAGUUGGCCAAGUCACAAGACGCCUUCAUCGCCUCUGAAGCCCUCAUCAAGCAAAUUCCUCGUUUGCUUGGUCCAGGUCUCUCAAAGGCUGGUAAAUUCCCAACUCCAAUCUCCCACUCAGAUGACAUCGAAAAGAAGAUCAACGAUGUCAAGUCAACCAUCAAGUUCCAACUUAAGAAGGUUCUCUGUAUGGGUGUUGCUGUCGGUAACAUUGACAUGGCUGAAGACGAAAUCGUCGCCAACGUUGUCCUCGCUGUCAACUUCCUUGUCUCCCUCCUUAAGAAGAACUGGCAAAACGUCAAGUCUCUCCACCUUAAGAGCACUAUGGGUAAGGCACACCGUCUCUUCUAG